AUGGGCAGCCCCCCAAACUCCAACCUCCGGGCCUUCAACCUCGCCGUACACACCCUCCUCCAACAACCAACGCACAUCCUCCCACACCUGACGAUCCCGACUUUCACAUCCCUGCCCGAAAACCUCGGGCCCCAUCUCGUCGCCGCAACCGAGAAACCUCCCCGAACACCCUCAAUCCGCGCUCUGGUCCUCGACAAGGACAACACCCUCUGCGCCGCAAAAAGCACCGCCUUGCCCCCUCAGAUCCUCUCCAAGCUGCACAGUCUCCGGCACUCCCCGACCUCUCCCUUCAAUAUAGCCACAAACCCGCACGCAAUCUUGAUCGUCUCGAACCGCGCUGGGAGUCACCCGCGGUACGACCACGAGAUUGAAGCGCUGGAGAGCCAGCUCUCUUCGCUGCAGAUCCCUGUGUUCCGGGUACCGCAGGGGGUACAGAAGAAGCCUUUCUGUGGGGGAGGAGGUGACGGCCUGGUUUCGGGAGCGAGGGUGGUGAAAGAGGCUGCAGAGAUUGCGGUGGUGGGGGAUCGCCUGGGGACGGAUGUACUGAUGGCGAGGAUGAUGGGGGCGUGGAGUGUUUGGUGUAAAGAGGGAGUUUUCGAGGCGGGAGACGUGGGCAAGGAGAGGAGGGGGGGUGUUGGAGGCGAUGGAGGUUUGGGUUGA